UGCCGAGGACAAGGAUCAUCUCUCUCUGGCUGGCCUCUCCUAAAUUCAUUGCGGUCACUCAUCUCUCUCUCUCUCUCCCUCUCCCUCCCCUUGUCUCUGUGGACUAGAUCGCUAAUCAAGAGGGUCGGGUUGCUUAUGGCGAGUCGACUCGGGCCAAACCCACCUCUGGCUCAGUGGGUCUGCAAAUCACUGCAACUAUAGCUCACCCAUCAACACCGUCAAUUCGCAACCCAGGUCUUCGAUUUUUUUUUUUUGUAUUUUUUUUUUAAUUUUUCUGAUAAUUUUGUUAUUUAUCAGGUUCUGAAACCCUAGAUUACCCUCUAGAAAUUGAUACCGCAAGAACCAUUGCCCUUCCAAUUUGUUGACCUAAACCCAGCUUGACUUUCUGAUUUUCUGGGUUACUUAUAAAGGCUACGAAUUGGGUUUGUUCAAUUUAGGGUUUUUGUUUCCCUUCUUUGUAUCCCCAUUAAUUUAGAGUUUUUUGUUUUUGUUUUUAGUUGCACGGAUUCGUUUGUAUUUCUGCAAUAAUUAGGGUUUUGUGAUUUUGGGUUCUUGAAUUUGGGAUCUGUGAUGGCGGUUUCUUCAAUUAUGUGGUGGAGUUAGGGGUUUUUAUCUGGGUUUGUGUAUUUUUUUUUCCUUAUCGAGUAAGCCUUUUGGGUUAGUGAGUGAUGGGUGAGGAGACAUCUGAUGCAAUGAACCUUGACCUGAAUCUGGGUCCUGGUCCCGAGCCGGCUUCUGCCACCAUGUCGAUUGAGCCUGUGAAUUUGGAGAAUUGGAUUGACCAGCAGCCUAUUCACCAAAUUGCGGAAGCUUAUGGGAUUAAUCCAUUUCGACGGAGAUGGCCACAACCUGAGGCGCAUAAUGUUUCGUCAGAGUUGAGUCAAUUGAUGGUCGAUUCUGGUACUUCGAGUAUACUACAAGCGGGGGAGGGUAGUGUUGCUGCAGAGGAGAGAAGCAACGAUGUGCCUAAAAAGUGUGAAAAUAUCAAUGGGAUUUUAGAAAAUGAGACUUCAGAGGAGAAGGAUGAUGUUGAAAAGAGCAGUGGCAAUGAUGGUAGCUUUUUUGAUUGUAAUAUUUGUCUGGACUUGGCUAGGGAUCCUGUAUUGACUUGUUGUGGUCAUUUGUUUUGUUGGCCAUGCCUGUACCGAUGGUUACAUGUGCAUUCCGAUGCAAAGGAAUGCCCAGUUUGUAAGGGAGAGGUAACUCUCAAGAAUGUGACUCCAAUUUAUGGCCGUGGGAACAAUGCUCGUGAGCCAGAUGAUGACUCAAAUCUUAAGAUCCCUCUUAGGCCUCACGCACGGCGGGUUGAAAGCUUGAGGCAAACUAUUCAGAGGAAUGCAUUUACUUUUCCGGUGGAGGAGAUGAUUCGACGCCUUGGAAGCAGAUUUGAUUUGUCUCGGGAUUUGGUUCAGCCAACAGAAGAUACUCCCCGGGAAACUGCAGCUGAAAGAACAAAUGGCUUGUUAAAUAGGAUCCUAACAUCUCGAGCACUGCGCAGAGAGCAAAUUCAGUUGGCACAAACUGAAAUUGUAGAUUUAACGCAAGACAACAUUACUAGCCUUGAUACAGGAGAUAACCGCCGGCUUCAGUCCAUGCUACUUCGAAGAACACAAUCACAUAGAGCAACACUUUCUUCUCUGUCAUCUGCAUUGAGUUCUGCUGAAAGGUUGGUGGAGGCAUAUUUCCAUAACCAUCCUAUUACACCUGCAGUUAGAAAUCAAGAGCCGCCUCCACCAGUUGAUGACAGAGACUCUUUCUCGAGUAUUCAAGCUGUUAUAAAUUCAGAGAGUCAAAUGGACACAGCUGUGGAAAUCGAUUCAAUGGUUUCCCUUUCAACUUCAUCUUCCAGAAGAAGAAAUGAAGCUUCAAGGGUUUCAGACAUGGACAGUGGAGACUCCCGUGCCCCAAGAAGGAGAAGACUGAACUGAAAGCCUCUUCUUCAUCUGGUCAGCACUAUGUUGUAUGUGCUCUUUGCCUUUGUUUUAUUAGCCUUUCCCCUGCUCAAGUGCCCUUGUAUUACUACUUCACUGUUUACACUCUAGGAAGUGUUCACCUUUUACUACAACUUUGUCCUUUGACAUUGAUGAGGUGAUUAUCAACUAUCUGCUUGAAUUAUUUGUUUUUACAUUAUCAAUGUUAUGAUCUUCCUUAACUUAAGGGGAUUGGGUUUUUAAUUGUGUGGCAAA